AGUGGUCGCUGCGCCGGGAGCCCCACCGACCUAGUCUGCCUCCGCCACACUGAGUCCGCUCCCGAUCGAUCGGGGUCUCCGGGCAGCCGGCCGAAAGGCUAUGGGCGCACACUCGCACCGGGGUCACCCAAUUCUGCUGCUGCUGCAGCUGAUAUCAGUGGCCAGCGGCUCCGAGGCUGAGCACCGUCUGUUUGAGCGGCUGUUUGAAGAUUACAAUGAGAUCAUCCGGCCUGUGGCCAACGUGUCAGACGCUGUCAUCGUCCAGUUUGAGGUGUCCAUGUCUCAACUGGUGAAGGUGGAUGAAGUAAACCAGAUCAUGGAGACCAACCUGUGGCUCAAGCAAAUCUGGAAUGACUACAAGCUGAAGUGGAACCCCUCUGACUACGACGGGGCGGAGUUCCUGCGUGUCCCUGCACAGAAGAUCUGGAAGCCUGAUAUCGUCCUCUACAACAACGCAGUGGGGGAUUUCCAGGUGGAUGACAAGACCAAGGCUUUGCUCAAGUACACGGGCGAAGUGACUUGGAUCCCUCCGGCCAUCUUUAAGAGCUCGUGCAAAAUCGACGUGACCUACUUCCCGUUUGAUUACCAGAACUGCACCAUGAAGUUCGGGUCCUGGUCCUACGACAAGGCAAAAAUCGACCUGGUCCUCAUCGGCUCCUCCAUGAACCUCAAGGACUACUGGGAGAGCGGCGAGUGGGCCAUCAUCCGAGCCCCGGGCUACAAGCACGACAUCAAGUACAACUGCUGCGAGGAGAUCUACCCCGACAUCACGUACUCGCUGUACAUCCGGCGCCUGCCGCUCUUCUACACCAUCAACCUCAUCAUACCCUGUCUGCUCAUCUCCUUCCUCACGGUGCUCGUCUUCUACCUGCCCUCGGACUGUGGCGAGAAGGUGACCCUCUGCAUCUCCGUGCUCCUGUCCUUGACCGUCUUUCUGCUGGUGAUCACGGAGACCAUCCCAUCCACCUCCCUGGUCAUCCCCCUGAUCGGCGAGUACCUCCUGUUCACCAUGAUUUUCGUCACCUUGUCCAUCGUCAUCACCGUCUUCGUGCUCAACGUGCACUACAGAACCCCCACCACGCACACGAUGCCCACGUGGGUGAGGACCCUGUUCUUGAACUUGCUUCCCAGGGUCAUGUUCAUGACCAGGCCGGCAGGCAAUGAAGGCAGUGCCCCGAGGCCCAGACCCGUGUGCAGUGGUGAGCUCUCCAACCUGAACUGCUUCAGCCGGGUGGGGUCCAAAGGCUGCAAGGAAGGCCACCCCUGCCAGGACGUGCUGUGCGGCUACUGCCACCACCACAGGAGGAAAGUCUCAAACUUCACCGCCAACCUCACGAGAAGCUCCAGCACUGAAUCUGUGGACGCCGUGCUCUCGUUUUCUGCUUUGUCGCCGGAAGUCAAAGAAGCCAUCCAGAGUGUCAAGUAUAUUGCUGAAAAUAUGAAAGCACAAAAUGAAGCCAAAGAGAUUCAAGAUGACUGGAAGUAUGUGGCCAUGGUGAUUGAUCGUAUUUUCCUGUGGGUUUUCAUCCUGGUGUGCAUUUUAGGGACGGCCGGGUUGUUUCUGCAGCCCUUGAUGGCCAGGGAUGAAACCUAAGUACUGAACGGUGCAUCAGCCUGAGGUAUAUUGGGGGGGAGGGGCUCUUUUUUCUAUUGUGAUAAAACACACUUAACAUACAAUUUACCAUCUUAACACUUUUUGCAUUCACAGUUUAGUUGUAUUAAAUACAUUCACAUUGCUGUGCAGUCAUCAUCACUGUCCAUCCCCAUAACUCUUUGCAUCUUGUAAAACUGAAACUAUAUACCCAUUAAACAGUAACUCCCCAUUUCCCCUCUCCCCACCACCAUUCUACAUUCUGCUCCUGAGUUUGACUACUCCAGUAAGCACCAUGUAUAAGUGGAAUCAUACAGUAUUUGUCUUUUUGUGACUGGCUUGUUUCAUUUAGCACAGUAUCUUCAAGGUUCAUCCAUAUUGUCGUAUAUUACAGAAUUUCCUUCCUUUUCAAGGCUCAGUAAUAUCCCACCGUCUGUAGAGAACACAUUUUGCUAUUCAUUCACCUGCUGAUAGACACUUCAGGU